AUCGCCCUACAUUUGACGGCCACAUCAGCAGACAAGAUAAUCAGGGAGAUAAAGAAGAGUAUCUUCCAUGCCAACUCAGUGAGGGAGGAGGGAGGAGGUGUGGAUGGUUGAGGGGAGGGGUGUGUAUAAAUGUUAGACAGAAGGCAUUACCAGUCUCAGGGUUUUCCAGAGCCUCAGCACUACCGGACGAGUCUGCAGCCAUGGCGUUCAAUGGGACAUGGAAGGUCGACCACAGCGAGAACUACGACAAGUUUAUGGAGCAACUGGGCAUCAACGUCAUGAAACGAAAGUUGGCCGAACACGACAACCUGAAGAUCAUCAUCGAGCAAACCGGGGACAAGUUUCACAUCAAGGAGUCCAGCACCUUUCGCACCAAAGAGAUCGACUUCACCCUGGGCGUCCCAUUCGACUACGCCAUGGCUGACGGCACCGAACUCACAGGAACGUGGGAGAUGGAGGGUGAGGCGCUUAAAGGGAAAUUCAACAGGAAGGACAACAACAAAGUCUUGACCACCACAAGAACUUUGGUGGGCGGAGAGCUUGUGCAGAGUUAUAACUACGAGGGUGUAGACGCAAAGAGGACUUUCAAGAAGCAAUAACCUGAAUCCUGGAGUGGAUGUUUUUUUAUAUAGAUGACACGCUAUGUUUUUAUUAUUUUUAUUAUUAUUAUUUUGUUUAACAUUAGGUCUGAGAUCUGUGUAUUCUGAAAACCUUUCAUUACAUUUACCUCAAAAUGGUGCAUUUUCUAUAAAUGUCUGAGGAGAAAAUUUAUCAUCAUGGUGCUGCACAGGGAAUAAGUGUGAAGAAAACUGCUGCACCAAACACAAAAUCAUGAACUGGCCAAAAACUAUUUUGAUUUUAGUUUGAAUUUUGAUGGAAAAAAUGGACUAUGAGCUCCAUGAAUCAUCUGGUCUGGUUAGAAAUGAUGGCUUAGAAACAUCAAGGUUCAUGCUCAAUAAUGCAGGUAAAAA